AUGGUUCACUUUUGUCGUGGACCUUUGAAGCGAAUUACCAGCGUACACUGGAGCGAGUUGGCACCGACUCCAGAGUGCUUCCGGGCCACGAGUACACGAAUUCUGAAAGGCCAUAAAUACCGGGCCGGGGCCGGGCAAAGUCCUUCAUCAUCGCUCCGGCUCCGAGUGCAAGCAGUCGUGCUGAGGCAACGUCGUCCCUCCUCUCAAAAGGGUUCGGGGACCUACCUUGGCCAGCAGAGUGUGGGCAGGACGAGCGGUUACCACAGAACUUUCACACUGUGCAGCACCAUACAUUCUCAUUACCAAACUGUGCUGUUACUGGAGCAGGAUAUUGCAUUACUGUAGGAACUUGGCUAGUGUUGUUGAAUUGUUUUUAAAA